AUGAGUGAUGCACGUGGACACGAGGCUGCCGCCGUGAGCGCGGCGUCGCCGAGCUCCGACACGACGCGCGGACGCUCGGCCCCGUUCACCAGCGACCCGGCCGCCGCCGGCUACGUCGAACAGGCUCCGGCGCCCGCCGACCCUACCGACGCGGUCCAGCAAUCGCGGCCGCCCGCCUUCGUCGACUGCUACGUCUGCCAGAAGCAGUUCGGCUCCCACUCGGUGGCGCUGCACGAGCCGCGCUGUCUGCGCGCCGUCACGCCGACCAAGCCGAGCGUCGAGUCGCCGCAGGCGCCGCCGGCGUCCUCGCUCAACUCGUCCUGGCCGCGCAGCAACGGCCGCAUGCGAGCGGCGCUGGAAGAGCAGGCGAGCCCGCGCGUCUCGCGGCCGCGUACCGCCGUUCUCAAGAAACCGCGCAUGUUGGACGCCGGCAAGUGCAAGGAGCUGGACAUGUCGACCACGCGCUGCAGUGAGCUGCUGGACAUCGUCUCGCAGAACGCACAGCGGCGCAAGGCGCGCGCUGCCUCGGAGGAGCGGCCGCGCACCAUCCGACUGACUCAGGCUUCGCGCGAUCUUGACGUGCCGAACAUCGACUACCGGGCGGCGCAGCCGGCGCUGAUCUCGCCGGACCGUGGCCGUGCCAAGCCGGGCCGCCGCCUGCCAAACUUCACGCGCGCACUCGAGCAGUUGUUCAACGCGCCGCGCGCCAAGGCGGGUGUGCCGAAACCCUGCAUGUCGUGCGGGAAGCCGGAGAACCCGGAGCGCUUCCACAGCCACCCGGCCGACCCGCCGGCCGAGACGACCAAGCGCCGCAACGAGAGGAAGCCGAAGAAGCGGCUCUCGACGCAGCGGCCGGUGGCGAUCAAGUACCGGCCGCCGCCGGCCGUGCCGCCGCCGCCGCCCAACAUGGACCCCGUGGCGCAGCGGAAGCAGCAGCUGGAGGAGGAGCAGCGCCAAAAGCAGGCGCGGCUCAAGGAGGAGUACCUCAAGAAGGAGGAGAAGAGCAGGAAGGCGAGGGAAGAUGCCAUGCGGAAAAAGUUGGCAUUCACGCUCUCCAAGCACGAGCGGCCCACCAAUGGCAGCAACGGCACGUCCAAGAUUGUCGUCUGCUACAUUUGCGAGAAACAAUUCGGUGCCAACUCUCUGCCCAUCCACCAGCCUCAGUGCCUGGAGAAGUGGCGGCGGGAGAACGAGGCGCUGCCGGAGCACCAGCGCCGGCCCGAGCCGCAGCCGCCCUCGCAGGCGCAGACGGGGCUGGUGCCCUGCUGCCACUGCGGACGCACGUUCUUUCCCGAUCGCGUGGCGCUACACGAGAAGAACUGCCAGCCCAAGGAUGGCGAUGCUGUCACAAAGGAGGCGCCCACUCAGAGCCAGCCGACCGUCUGCUACAUCUGCAAGGCCCGCUUGCCGCCGGAGCAGAUGGCCGCGCACGAGCUGGAGUGCGUCAAACGGUGGCGCGCCGAGAACGCCGUCAUCACGCAGCAGAUCGCGCUGCCCACCGACGCGCCCCGCAGCGACGGCGUGACAGUGGAACCCGCGGACGUGCCAGGACCGGCCGAGCAGCUGGAGGGGCAGCUGGACGCCAUGAUCGACGCCGCCUGGCAGAAUCACCUCUCCGAACUGGUGCCCUGUCCAAACUGCGCCAGAACGUUCUUCCCCGAUCGGCUAGAGAAGCACAAGAAAAACUGCCGCGUCGAGAUAAAACACAAAUGAGACGCCUCGACCGGCACCUCAGCGCUUAUGACCAUCUCUAUUUUGUAUACUACUAGCGUCCGGUAGGCAGGAUGGAUCGAGCGACGAAGGAUGGUGGCAGCUCGAGCACGAAGAGUGCGCAAGAAAGCGUCACUUGGGACCUAACUGCGUGUAGGUACAGCCGGUGUCAUUCGUGCCACGCCGAUGUCGGCGUUUAAUCAACAGACGUUGCAAUAGGAUGUGAUGAUUUGAUGUGAUCUGCCGUCUCUUUGUCUGUGCCCACUCUGCUCAAUGAACGUGUAGUCCAUGUCAAAAGGAAUAUCAAAAUGGCUGACAGAAAAUCUAAUCGACGGUGCUUUGGACAGGUAAAUCUAUCUGUAAGUGCCCAGUCGUAGACUAUUGAAGUCAGUGAAAUUCCUGAGAAAACAUCACCGAUAAAUUAUUGAUAAUACAUCGCAACGAAAGUGGUUGUCGUCAGAUAAUUGACGAGUGCUGCAAGUCCGGAGUUUUGACGCCAAUGGAAGAUGCCUUAUGUAAAAAUACCGGGCGUGGUGGCCUGGCUCGAGACUUCUUUUAGAACAUGUUCAGCUUCUGCCUGCCUUUGGCUGUUAGGACGCUAGCCUCGUGUGAUACCGCAUAUUUGUACUCGGUUCAAUCCGGUGAGACCUGAUCCAUCUCAAGUCAGCUUGCGUCUGACCUGGCGCACGUGAGAACACCAAUGUGAAAUCCAGCAUAUUGGCUAGGACGGGUUUAGGAAGGUGUCACCGUACUUGUUGGAUAUAUUUGCCCAAUACACAUGUUGUCACGACAUAAACAUGUUGGUCGACACAGGAAUUGGACGAUAUUUCGCCCAACACGCUUACGACCAAGUGAAGCAAUACUAGCGUCUCACCUCUCAAGAAAGCAAGCCAGAACGGUCUCGUACAGCACUGGCGGUUGCGAAGUAGCACGGUUAUUUGGCGCUCGAUCCGUCCGCAAACACGGGGGCGGAGGUGUCCGACAAGGCGUCCACGCCCCCGUCUUCCCUCUUCGAAGCGUCCUCGUCAUCGCCGUCUUCGUCAUCAUCGUCAGCGUCGUCGUCGUCAUCGUCGUCGUCGUCAUCGGUGUCGUCGUCACCGCCGUUCUCGUCUCGUUUCGCCUUGCCCGUCUCAGCGCCGGCGCUGUUCAAGUCUCGCUCUUCGCGCUCCAUGUCGGGCACGGGCUCGGGCUCGAGCUCAUCGCCGGAAGGGUCGAGCUGGGCUGCCUGGCGUCGGCUCCUGCCCGGCUCCGGCGGCGCGCCCCAGUCAGCCUGCCGC